UUUAAAUUUAACGUUUGGUGUUUCCUUCAGACAUUUUUUCUCGUACAUUUAUAAGCCAGACAAAUAAUUGCACCCUAAUUGUAGUAAGUAAACAUUUAAAUUUUAUAUGGCGAUGAUUGAAGCAUUCUUUUUAAACCACAAUUAGGAAAUGUCAGUGAACGAAAAUUAUUUUUCAAGGCUUUGGGAGCAGAAACUUCAUUUGGGAUGUACCGAAAAGUAGUGCCGAAAACCUGUUCUUGGUGAUUGCAUAAUUUUAUCAAAAAAUAUUCCAAAUAUUUAUAGUCCUUUACGUGACUCUUCCUUGUCGCCUAUCGGUCCUCGAAAACGAGUUCCAGAAAAAUAAAAAAAAAAAAAAACUGUUGCCACUCGGCUAUGAUAAUCUUAUUUCACCUACAUAUUACUGUGGCUUGGUUGGAAGUAGCGCCACACCGGCUUUAUCUUAACAGAAAUAUAGUUAGUUCCUUAGACACUUCAUUUCACUCUGCGGAUCUCUCAGUAACGGCGCUGCACCGUUAUUCCAACAAGGUCACCUACUGCUGUCCGGAUGGACGUCUUCCACCUCUUGCAAAUAAACCUGUUCUUCUUCUUAUGCAGCUUUAUGAAAGCCAUUAUUGCAUGGAAAUGCCCCCAGACUUUUACAGUUCCAAAUGGCAAAGUGAUGUUUCAAUCAAGAAGCGGUGUUACUGCAGUUUUCACAUGUGACAGUGGCUUCACUUUACGAGGAACAAAUGUUUCACAUUGUCAGACGGAUGGGCACUGGUCCGCAUCUGCGCCAACUUGCGUGCCAAACGGUCAAAAGUCAAGCCACGCAGAGAUCGAAAAUAUUGUUUUAAAUCCAGGUCAUUCUGUGAACAUAAGCUGUUUCCCAAAUGGCCAAAGUCAUGUUUUCUGGACAACUAAUGGAAGUAUUUCCGGAAUGAUAUUUUAUGAAAGUAAUGCUCUAGUCCUGUCAACUCAAGUCAAAGGUGUUCACAUAUGCUUCAGUUACAACUCACGGAAAGUCGUGGUUUUGAAGGCAGUGAGGGUUGUUAUUUCCAAUGAAGUAUCGCCAGAUCCAAUUUCCAGGACCUGCGAAUUUACGUUUAAGAACAAAACAACAAGUCUAACCUCUCGGACUGGAACAAAAGUAAUUAUAUCAUGUGAUGUAGAUUCCAGAACAGCAGUGACCUCAUGGUUUAAAAAUGGCAAAGAAAUAACAGAAGAAAAUAGGAGCCCACUGAAAUCCUAUUACGUUAUACCUAAUUUGCAGCUAUCGGAUGAGGGAAAUUAUACUUGCGUCGUAUCUGAAAAAUAUUGUUCAAAAACAAAAAGUGUUGUAGUUAAAGUCCAAAACUCUAAUGAAAGCUCUUUCAGUUACAUGUGCGGUCAGCCCGUCGCUAAUAAUACUCGAAGAAAUAAAAGAGUUAUAGAUGGCAGUCGAGCAUCACCACUCUCCGCACCUUGGAUGGGUAUGCUGUCCAUAGACCGUGAACCGCCUUUUUGUGGAUGCACCUUGAUAUCAGAUAGUUGGAUUAUCACAGCUGCUCAUUGUUUCAAAUCUGUAAACAAUGGAGUCACAAGUGUGAUGUCACCAGAAGAGAUCCGUCGUAAGGUUCGUGUCAAGUUUGGUAAGCAGCAAAGAAGGCAAAUUGAGAAAGACGAAGUCGUAAGAAGCAUGAGGAACCUUAUUAUCCACCCAAAGUAUAAACCUGUCUCCAGUCUCCAAAACGUUGCCAUUGAACACGACAUUGCUCUCGGCAAACUAAACGAACCUGUCACCUUUCAGCCAACUGUACUACCCAUAUGCCUACCCCCACUAGGAUUCAUGGCAAAUUUGCCCUCUAAUAUCUUGGGAGUCGUUACUGGUUGGGGAAGAGUCAGCGUAAGAGACUCAGUCAUGGCACUUACUCUUCAAGAAGCUUAUUUACCUUUGGUAAAUAAUAGUUCAUGCCAACAAAGUACCAAUUACGUGAUCACUGAUAAUAUGCUGUGUGCAGGAUAUGCGGAGAGUUAUAGACCAGAUACUUGCUUUGGAGACAGUGGUGGUCCAUUCGUGUUGCAAAAAUCAGACAGUUGGUAUUUGGCAGGUGUUGUCAGUUGGGGAGAAGGAUGUUCGAGUCCAAAAAAAUUUGGAAUAUACACGAAAGUUGAAAAUUAUGUACCGUGGAUUCAAUCCGUCCUCGUAGAAAAUUCUUAGUCCAUAAUCUGAAGUAAUAUCUUACUAUGCAGUUCUUUUGAGAUCUGCAUAGCACUUUGAUACGCUACGUUAUGCUUCAUAAUUGAAAACAAAACAGUUUUCACAAUUAUGAAGCUUUCUAUCUGGAAUGUUUUCUUAGCUUUUACUGCCAUGUGAUAUUUAAAUGCACUUUUUUAACUUUUGAGUGUGACGUAGAAUCAUUGUGACAGCUUUCAUUUUUCUCCUUCAGUCAAACGAGGUUUCAUUCCUACAUGUUCAAUUUUGUUAUACUUUCUUUUUGCCGAAUUAAAAAACUUGAGCAAUUUUUU